CUCAACCAUACGGACCCAGAGCCUAGAUUUUGUACUAUGUCUGACACCUCCCUCAAACUACCUCGAAUACUCUGCCUCCAUGGCGUAGGCUCAAAUGCAGACGUCCUGUUCGUUCAGAUACGCACCCUGCGCAGCCAGCUCGAUACAACCUUCCGCUUCGUCUUCGCCGACGGUCCCUUCUUCUGCGAACCAGGACCCGGCAUGCUCCCUGCUUAUCAAGGCGCCGAACCUUUCAGACGGUGGCUCCGCUGGUCGCCGAAGCAUCGAGUCCUCAAGCCAAAAUUCCACCUCGAAGCUCUCCAAAAAUGCAUUGAGGAUUCCAUGAAAGAGGACGACCAAGCCGGCGCGACAGGGGCAUGGGUUGGCCUUCUAGGCUUCAGUCAGGGUGCGAGGCUAGGAGCAUCUAUCCUGUUCGAGUCGCAGAGGCGGGAGACAGUGAAACAGAAGGGCGGCAAGACGGUGGGCUACGAGGGCGAAAACGUUGAAACCAAGCUGUGGAGUCAGAACUGGCAGUUUGCAGUCUUGUUCUCUGGACCUUCGCCGCUCAUCGCAAUGUCGCCUGGCCUCGAGCAUCUCCCGCUUCAAAGUCCUGAAGAAUUAGAUCUUACAACUGAAGAGUUGGAUAAGUUUGAUCCUACGGAGAAAAUCUGCAUCCAGAGGCCUACGCUCCAUGUCAUUGGUAGAAAUGACGAAUGGGCGUUGUCACAGCGGAGGCUUUAUGAGAAGUAUUGCUCGGAGGCUUCGCGGAAUUUGAUAGAAUGGGACGGGGAACACCGGAUCCCUAUCGAGCCUGCGUUGACAAGCACGAUAUGCGAAAAGAUAUUAGCUAUAGCUGGCAAGACGAUAGGUGGGCAGUGA